AAUUAAAGACCCAACAUGACCCACAACCUGGAAAUUUUGUAGAGAAAGACAAAGAGGAAGAGUGGGAGAAGGAAAGAAUAAAGAUGGUAGCUCGGAAUUUCCACGUUCGCUGCGGCGACUCCGACUUCGACGUCAACUACGACACCGACGACGGCUUCGAAGUUUUCAAAUUCCAGCUUUUCUCCCUCACUUCAAUUCCUCCAGAUGAGCAGAAGAUUAUUGGAGGAGAUGGUGAUCGCGUUGUAUUAGACGACUCUGAUCUCGUCUCCAUUUGUAACAAGCUCAAAUUGGUAUCAAUCCACGAAGAGGACAAGAGCAGGCAACAGGAAUCCACCAGUUCUACUGGUUCUGUAGCUCAGGACAAUGCCAAUUUUAUGAUAUCAGAUGAGGAAUUGGCCCGAAGGCUGCAGGCCGAGGAAGAGGCGCUAAUGCUGCAACAGUUUGCUGUGAGCGAACAGAGAGAACAGUUUGAGCAGAGAAUACAACCUUACAUCAGCCAAGUCCUAAUGUAUGAGGACCCAGUGCGCCAGGAGGCAGCAAGAAAAACAGUACCUGUAGAAGAGCUUGAAGAGAAAGCAUUGAUUUCUUUGGCCAAGGAGGGGAACUUUAAACCAUCAAAAAUUGAACAAGACCAUGCUUUCCUGCUGCAGCUGCUUUUCUGGUUCAAAGAAUCUUUCAGGUGGGUUAAUGCACCACCUUGUGACAGUUGUGGAAAUAAUACUAUUAAUCAAGGAAUGGGCGUUGCCUUUCCUUCUGAAAGUCAAUAUGGAGCAAAUCGAGUUGAGCUUUACCGCUGCAAUUCUUGUCCCAGAAUCACUCGAUUCCCACGAUACAACGAUCCAUUAAAGCUUGUAGAAACUCGAAGAGGCCGUUGUGGGGAGUGGGCCAAUUGCUUUACACUUUACUGUCGAGCUUUUGGCUAUGAAUCUCGUUUGAUCCUGGAUUUUACUGAUCAUGUUUGGACGGAGUGCUUCUCUCACCUUUUGGGAAGAUGGAUGCAUCUUGACCCUUGUGAAGGAGCAUAUGACAAACCAUUAUUAUAUGAAAAGGGGUGGGGUAAGAAAUUGAAUUAUUUAAUUGCAAUUGCAAAAGAUGGGGUUUAUGAUGUCACUAAGCGUUAUACAAGGAAGUGGCUUGAGGUUUUGUCUCGGAGAACCAUUAUCACAGAACCAGAUUUAUCUGCUACACUCACUAAUAUGACCAAAAACUGCCGAAGAAGUUUUACAUCUCAGGUUUGUUCCAUGCUUGAAGACCGCGAGAAGAAUGAAUUAGAAGAACUUGAGAAAGGUUUACAAUCCACUUAUGAUGCUUCAAUCUCUUUACCUGGAAGACAAAGCGGGGACAAGGAAUGGCGCAUGUCAAGAUCGGAAAUUGGUUCUAAUGAAGAUUCCUCUUUCAGUUGCUCUUCCUGUCCUGUUCGGCUGUGCGUAGAUGUGCAUGUCACAAGCAUUUACAAUGCAUUUUCCCCUGUUCUUUCUCAGUUCAUUGAGAAUUCAGUUUCUAAUUCUAGAGCUGUUGAAAUACUGAAGAUAUUGAAAGAGAUUUUGGUGGAGCUCAAGAGUUCUCCCUACAAAACAAGGAAGACUUCCAUAAAUCCUUUUGUGCUUCAUAUGCUGCCUUAUUUUGAUCAGUUACUUAAUGCCCUUUCAUUAAAGAGCGAGAUAGACACUGAUGAAAAAGUGAACAUCUGUUUGGCUGGUGACCCUGUGAAAACCUCUUUAGCACUGCCUGUUGUGCUGGACGCUUUGGAUGAUGUGAUCAUCAACCUUGAAAAAUGUGGUAGCCUAAGCAAGGCUUCCCUUUCCUUGCCAUUGGUGAGAUUGAACAGAAUCCAUUCUGGUUCAGUUCUUGCAAGCGGUGAGGAAAUUCCUCUUGGAAUUGCCACAUCAGCAUUUGAUGGACUACGUACAACUAAAUGGGAAGAACCAAAUGGAGCAAAAGGUUGUUGGAUUUUAUAUAAAGGACCAGACAACCAAAUGCAUGAACUAGUGGCAUAUGAUUUAAUGUCAGCCAAUGAUGCACCAGAGAGGGAUCCAAUGGAUUGGGUUCUUGAGGGGAGUGAUGAUGGGGGAUCCAGUUGGCAAAUUUUGGAUAAACAGAAUUCUCAGGUCUUUGAAAAUCGUUUUCAGCGUAAAUUAUUCAAAGUUAGAUCAGAAGGUUUCUUCUGUAAUGCAUUCAGGUUCCGGUUUCUGGCAGUCAAAGAUGUGCAGUCAACUUCACGGCUGCAGUUGGGUAGCAUUGACCUAUAUUCAAGCAACCUUAUUGGAUGAUUACUGACCAAGUCUAAAGCUUAAUUAUUUCCUAUUAUUGUUUAAAUGUUGCUCCAAGGAAAGAGUAUGAAGUCGGGCAUUUCAGUCGGUCUUCAUGUGUGGCAUGAAUGAGAGGCCUUUGAGAGGGAUGGCAUCAGCAUCUGGCAGUAUCCAGAUUAACUGAUAAUAUAAUAAGCUGGUUAGUCAUUUAAAUAUGCAAAUGUAUCUUUAUAUGUUUAUUUCACGCGCCUAGGAUCAGACAAUUUGUGUCAUGUAAUUUAGUUAAUAUUAUUAAGUUAUUUUAAUAUCUGUGUUUUUACA